AUGGGAAGAGGAAACCCGGUGGCUCUGACUUACAUUACUGCUGCAAGACGACCGGGUGGAGACAGAAAGAGGGCGAGGGAAGGGUGGAGGGCGGCCCUUGUUUAAGGGAGACACUUGAGCUCAAAUCUAGAGAGAUAUUUGAAGAAAAUGCCUCUUCUCUUCAGAACUCUGACCACUUUGUGCUGCUGUUGGUUGUCCUGUUCACUCACACUGGACCCAGCAGGGAGGAACGUCUGCCACAACCCCAGGAAUCCGUCCACCCUUGUGUGCUGCACGGGCUGGAAUCAGGAUGGAAAAGAGUGCACGAUACCUAUGUGUGAGGGUGAGCAGGCCUGUCUGAAGGAUGAACUCUGUGUAUAUCCUGGAGUGUGUCGCUGUCCACCAGGCUACUAUGGAGCGCACUGUAAAACACGAUGUCCUCCUGAGUUCUGGUCAUCAGACUGCCGUCGGGUGUGCCCAUGUCACCCACACGGCCGCUGUCACCCGGUCACCGGCGACUGCACCUGCAACCCAAACCGUUGGGGUCCUCUGUGUCAGUACGCCUGCAAAUGCGGCCGCCACGGAGUCUGCCAUCCCGUGUACGGAAACUGCAGCUGCGACGAGGGUUGGUGGACAUCCACUUGUGCCAAGCCGUGCCAGUGUGUCCCGGGGGGCUCGGAGGGUCCCGGCUGCGACCAGCUGACAGGCCGCUGUCAGUGUCGCAAGGGGCACUGGGGGCUGAAGUGUCCUGCCACUUGCAACUGCUACUUGUCACAGUGCAACCAGCGGACCGGCGUUUGCGAGUGCCAAGUCGGCUGGUGGGGGCCCAGCUGUGAUCGCCGAUGUAACUGCGACCUUACACACGGUAGCUGUGAUCCCGCCACGGGACUGUGUGUGUGCCGCCUCGGAUUUGAGGGGGACUUCUGCAACCAACCGUGUAAACCUGGGACGUACGGCAGUGGAUGUAAAAUGAGUUGUGGACGCUGUAAAGGCAAAGAAACAUGCUCGUCCACUGAUGGUUCCUGUGCGGCCUGUGAGCCCGGCUGGAAUGGGACACAGUGCGACCACCUGUGCCCGCCUGGUUACUUUGGCGACGGCUGCCAGGAGACGUGCCCAAGAUGCAGAAACAAUGAGCCAUGCGAUCCCAAAAGUGGAACAUGUUGGAGCUGUAAUCCAGGAUGGAAAGGACCCAGGUGCGAGGUGGCCUGCUCCGACAGGACGUAUGGAGAGGCUUGCCGCUUCCUGUGCAGCCCGUGUUACCAUGGUGACUGCCAUCACGUGACAGGAAAAUGUGUCUGUCAGCCGGGCUUUCAGGGGGAGAGUUGUAAUAAUACGUGCUCCGUCGCUUAUUUUGGGCUCAACUGUUCCUCGGUCUGUGAUUGUGGAGAAGGCGUUGGCUGCCACCCGGUCACUGGUUCCUGCCCAAACAGUGGCCGAAGCGCUCUAUUGGCAGGCCUACUGGUUCCUCUCCUCCUGUUGCUCCUUGCUAUCUUCUGCUGCUGUCUUUGUUGUGGAGGAGGUCCAGCAGAUGGUAAAGACAGGAGGACUGUAGCAGAUGGAGGGCUGUCAGUACGGAUGAAAUAUCACGUCUACAGUGUCCUGGCUAACAUUGGUGCCGCCCUACCUUGCAUUUCUGACUGGUCUUCUGGCCUCCCUCGUGUCACUGUUUCUCACCAUGACCCAGAGCUGACUUUCAACCACAGCUUCAUUGAGCCUCCUUCCUCCGGCUGGGUGACUGAAGGGUCAUCGUUCGACAGUGACGAAGAGGAGGGGGAGGCUCUUUACUGCGUCCCACCGAGAGAAGACAUCCAAGGAAUGGAGGGUAGCCACUUCCAGGAGAUGAGCUCCAAAUGUAACAUGCUCCUGGACCCAUCCAGCUUCAGCACCGAGGACAUAACGUCUCCAUUUGACAUCCCACGGACUUCCAGCAUAGCCAAAUCCAAGCGGCCGUCCGUCUCUUUUGCAGAGGGCACCCGCUUUAGUCCCAAAGAGAGGCGCGGCUCAGCUCAAGAUACCGCUUCUCUGUCCGGACACCCUCGCAAAUCCAAGUCCACUCGGGGUGGUGCUUUGAUCCAUUCCGUCAGACCGGAUGAGGAAGAUGGAGAUGAAGCAGAAGAGAGGGAAGAUGGCAUAGAGAUACAGGUGACAGACCACCAAGAUUUCAGCGGCGAGGCUGUGGACCAGGAUGAGGAUAAAAAGUCUACCAAUAUGACCCGAACUGCCACAGGACGAAAAUGCACCAUGUCCAACACGGUUGCCCAGCAAAAACUGUCAGUCCUUUCUGCUCCAGAUCAUCAUUCAGGCGUUUCAAGCAAGGUCACCACCGUUUAUGUGACGGUGGGCAGGGCGGGGACGAGCUCAGAAGGCCCUGUUCAAGCCAUGUUAAGGAGACUCGGAAGCCUCCAGAGACAAAGAGAGCAGGAUCCUGGCAAAAGCAAAACUAAGGAUGCCGAAGCUAUCUCCAAACCGCCCAGGAGGAGACUAGGGGCACGGAGGAGUGUGUGGGAGCAAGGCGGGCCUUCAGGAGCUGAGCCUGCAAUCGCUAAACCCGUGAGGAGGAAACGCGCUUCGCGAAAUACCCCUACUGACACGGGGUCGACAGAGAACAUUCCUCUCAAAAGACCGCUCUCGUCCAUUUUGAAGAGUGUUCCGGAGGGGGCUUCGGGUGACCUCCCAGACAGAAUACAGCAAUUUGAGAGCAGUGAGGCACUAACUGAGAGUAGAUACCUGACUGUGGGUCCAGCAGGGGACGCUGCCGCUCUUAUUAAAAGUGGGAACGAUGAACCAUGCUAUGAAAACGUUAUGAUUACACAUUCGUAUACCUCAAACACAAACGCAUAA